AUGAGUACAGAAAACUUUCGUUUUUACAUCAAAACCCGUACUGCACUUAAUAUUCAAGCAAGAAUUAUUCAUGAUGAAUUGUAUUCUGUUUAUGGUGAUCAAGCUCCUUCUCUUAGAACAGUGGAAAGAUGGUCCAAGUUAUUUCGUGAUGGUCGAGAAGAACUUGAAGAUACAGCACGACCUGGUAGACCUAUCACUGAAACAACAUCUGAAAACAUCGAACAGAUUCGUCAGCUUAUCGAUGAUGAUCCUUAUCUUACAAUAGAAGAGUUACAAGAGCAAACUGAUUUAAGUUACGGUACAAUUCAUCGAAUCAUCACCAAUCAUUUAAACCUUAGGAAAAUUACCGCACGUUAUAUACCGAAAGAUCUUACUGAUUUUCAACGGGCUGAACGAGUUCGAAUAUGUAAAGAAAACUUAUCAAAAUUUCAACAAGGAACAUGGCGAUUAUGUGACAUAAUUACUGGUGACGAAUCGUGGUUUUAUCAUAAACAGAUUGGUCGAAAGUCGUCAAAUGCAGCGUGGGUGAGAAGAGGAGAUCCUCCACCUACUGUAGUUCGUCAAAGUAAGUAUGCUCCAAGGACCUUAUUAGCCAUCUUUUUCAAGUCGAACGGUCCUCUGCUUAUUCAUCGUUUGGAACGAGGACAGACUAUGGACCAUUGUUAUUAUAUUGAUAAUUGUUUACGUCCUCUUAUCGAUGAAAUUAAACGUCAAAGACCUUCAUGUGGAACCCAUGACAUUAAAAUUCAUCAUGACAAUGGAAAACCACAUGUUCAUAGGGAUGUGUGUACUUAUCUUGAAUCAAAAGGUUUUACAAUUAUGCCACAUCCACCUAAUUCUCCGGACCUAUCUCCUUGCGUUUUUGGUUAUUUGACUUAA